CCACGUGACUCCCCCACGCGCCCCCACCCCCCACGUGUCCAAGCUAAGAUGGAGGCGGCGGUGGCGGUGGUGAAGAAGGCCGCGCUGGACCCGGUGACCGCGGCGCUCGUGUCGCUCAUCCUGGAAAUCGUCUCCUCCAUGGACGAGUCGGAGCGCCUGCUGCUCUCCGACUCGGAGGCGCCCGAAGACGACGACCUACAGCUGAUGGUCGCCGCUCUGCUCUGCCGGCAGGGCUCCGAGAGUGUGGCGAGCAUCAUUCAGAGCACAGAGGAGCUGAUCCCUCAAGUUAGCCCCGAUGUGUUCCGCCACCACUUCCACGUGUCUCGCCAGACCUUCGACGUGCUUGUCAGCCAGCUGGCGCGCUGCCCCGAGUUCCCCACGGAGCCCUACCAUGGGGGGCGCCCCCCGAUCCCGCUCACCAAGGUGCUGCUUGUGGCACUGUGGACGCUGGCCACUCCCGAGUGCCUGCGCACGAUUGGCGAACGCUUCGGCAUCCCGCGCUCCUCCGUGCUCACGUGCCUGCGCAGGGUGUGCGCCGCCACCAUCAACAACCUCAUGAGGGACUACCUGGUCUGGCCCUCGCCGGAAGACUUCGAGGGCAUCGCCGCGGAGUUUGAGCGCCAGAAGGGCUUUCCGGGUAUAAUUGGCGCACUGGACGUUUGUCACAUCGCAAUCAAAGCUCCCACGCUGAACCCAGAAAACUACUACAACCGCAAAGGGUUUUUCUCACUGGUGCUUCAGGCGGUGUGUGACGCCAAUUACAAGUUCCUCGACUGCUUCACCGGUUGGCCCGGGUGCAUCACGGACUUCUGCGUGCUCAAGAAGUCCCCGUUGUUUGAAGAGGCUGAGCAGACGAUACCCCUUCAGUAUCACAUGGUGGCGGACAGUGCGUAUUACCUCAAGUCGUGGCUGAUGACGCCGUAUCGGGAGACCGGCAUGCUCUCGGAUCGUGAGCAGAAGUUCAACUUUGUGCAGAUAUCCACCACGAGCGUGAUCGAGAGGGCCUUUGCCAUGUUGAAGGGCCGGUUUUGUCGCUUGAAGUACCUGGACAUGUCCGACAUGAACGGAAUGGUGGAUGUGAUCAUGACGGCCUGUGUGUUCCACAACAUUUGUCUGUUGCACGAGACCGAGCUGGAUGACUUUGCCGACGAGUCGAGCAGCAAAGACGUUGUCAUCCACUAUCCCACGGAGGACAUCGCAUUUCAGGACGAUGCCGGAGAAAGGAAACGGGAAGAAAUUGCCAACUUGCUUGGGGCCGGUUUUGAACAAGUGUGUUAAACCUGUCGUCCAAAUAACACGGAAGUCAAAAUCUAAAUUUAUUUUUGGCGACUCCGUCCCGCUACACACAUAAAUGACGCGACCCACCUGGCGCGGAUCAUUCUGUUGUCAUCCAAGCGCAGCAAGGACGACAACAGAAGAUACAAAACUUUGAUUAGUGCAUCGUGUACAGCUCGUCGCUCGCCUUCAACAGACAAAAUGACGUCGCAACGCAGUUUCAUGUGAGAGCUGGUGGGGACUUAUGGGACCUCGGGGUCAGUGUAGCCCAUGACGAGUGAAGAAAUGCAAAGGUUAUCAAUAUGGGUUUCUUUAUUGCCACAAAAAGUUUAUUUUUUAUAUGAUGGAAGCUACCAAUUUUACUUUAAAGAACAUGAACCCGUAUUUUCGCUAAAUUUCGGUCUCAAUACCUGCAAUUAUUUGCAUCUCUGCAAAUGAAAUUCCCACAUUUGCUAAACUUGUCCAUUGAAAAUGUAAAGGGUGGUGCUACCCCAAAUGAGCACUUGUAAACACCUUUAAAAAUCUUUGAGAUAAUAUUAAUUGCCAGUGAUGUCACUAUUGUAGUAACACUUGACCGUCGAGCUUGAGGACAGACUAACCAAGGUACUUGUUUACAAGAUAAAAGCCAGUUUUGUAUCUCUAAACAGCAACCUAAUGAGUCGCAAAUCAGUGCCGUCUCCCUCGGCGGCGGUGGUUCGAGUGCUCACGCACCCCUGUGCGAUUUCCCCCCCCCCCCUCCUUGCUGGCCACUCGCCCUUCUCUCAACCUGACAGGCCCGCAAGUGACGGCCAUUAAUGAGCUGGAAGUGCUCAAAAGUUUAUUGUUUGCAACAUCAAUAGGAACUGAUAACUAAGUCCAUGAUUAAACAUCUCAAGUGAAAGGGGUCCUGGAGAGAAAAGGAAAUGUGAGGAAAAGGUAUGAAUUGUGGAUAUUUUGCAAGGUGGUGUCUUAGAAGAAAAACUGGUAUAUGAACAGUUUUCAUCAGCUGAUGUUCGCUGUAAAUGCAGUUGAUACCAGGUCUGAAACAUGUUCUUAACACUGCUUUCGAGUCUUUCAGCAGAGCUCGGACUGGUGGUAGCCCACGGGCUAAAUGUGGCAUUGAGGGCUAUUGAAAUGGCCCACAUUAGGGUCCACCAAGACUUAAAGAAAUAGAGAUUGCUCAGAUCAACAAUAGACGAUAAAGAUGAGACUUGGAGAUAAGAGAUGCAGAUUUGUGGUCAAAUGUACAGACGUUUUUGAAAUCAUACCACGUGGACGUCUUAACGUUUGUAAAUGUGACAUGUUACGCAAUCCGCCAGCACACUAAUUAUAUUGUGGCCCACCAGAUAAUAUAUUUGAAGAACCCUGCCGUCUUGCAACAGCAAGAUGUAAUGAAAUGCGUGGUAAAGGUAUGCACAUUGAAAAGCUUUUCCUAUGUACUUGGCAUUAUGAAAAUAUAUAUAAUGCAAAUGACAAUUUAGUGAUAUUAUUUCUUUCACUAUCCUUAUUAUGCAUACCAUUAUAUGAAAAUGAAGUGUGCAGGCAAUUGGAGCAAGACAGUGUUUGAGACGGACAACAUACUGGGAAUCGUAAAAAAAAGACCUUUGAAUUUAGGCUCCAAAUUGUGAGAAUAUUCGAAUUAACACCGUAAUAAAAUAGCUUUUCUGUACUCUGUUA